GCACUUGGACAGCAUCAUAUCCAUCUUAGUGCUUUUGAACCAAGCUCUGAACUUGGAGGAGGAGGAACUUUCAAAACCACUGAAUGUAUAUUGGAAAAUUAACAUUGCGCCCACCAAGAAAAAAAAAGCUGGGUCCCCACUGCAAAGAAAAUGAGGUUUGCCAUAUGCACACGUCACCAGUGAUGUCCCCCUAGGGGUCCUCUGUACCCCAGAGCCCCCAUAACCCCAGAUUCUGCUUCCUUUCAUUUGGCAAAAUGUAUUUUUGGGUUUAAAUGCCCUUUCAAGUAAUGCUUGGAUGCAAUAGCAAUAAUUAGUGGUAACUGGAAUUCUGUGGUGCAGGAAUCUGGCUGAGAAGAGGUCACAAUGUAUUACAUUUAGGGAAAUUGCAAUUAUAAGAACCAGCCUUAAUGUGCCAAUGGGGAUUUUUUAGGGGAAAAACAAAAAAAUAAAGGGGAAGCUUAGUAAAUCCUCCUGGCAGAGUAGGCCACAACUCUAAUAUAGCUAUGUGAAAUACCAAGUGUGCCCGUAGGCCCUUGCUCUGCCUAAGGAGGAAAAGGCUGACUAAGAAAGAGUUAACUCUGAGCUUUACUAGCAAAAGGGGUUACACAGAUACUCUGCUAGUUAAAGAUCAAUGUUUAAUGAUCUACAGGCUUUUGUAGGGAUUGCAAUCAGGAAGAGGGUUAAAUAGCAAGAAAUAAUACCCCGUGAGCACAGCUUACAGAUGGAUACAUUGCAUUUUCCUGGUUGAUAUUCAGCAUGGGGACCUGGCAGGGAAGAGGUUACAUCAUGAUGCUCUGCAGGAUUCAGGCAGGGAAAGGGUUGCACAGUAUUGCUCUGCAGGGCUCUGGAAGCGUGGGAGUUGGAGAGCAAUGCACGAUGCUCUGCAGGUCUGUGGUAGGAGGAUGAUGCAUGAUUCUCUGCAGGUCCCUGGCAGGGAAGAUGAUGUACAGCAUUCUCAGCACAUCCUAAGGUAACGGAGCAUGCAGAAGGACCACAUCCAGGGAAUAAGCCAUCAGCAUCACUUUGAGCAGAUUAAUGGAGCAUCCUGUAUCCCAACAGCAUGAGAGGGUCUCUGUGGCUUGAAUGAUGUCAGAGCAGUGCAGGGGACGCAUGAAGCUGUAUCCCUGAGAAUAUCCAGAGCCGGUAAGUCAUCAGGCUCUUGUAUCCAUGACAACUAGAGGCGGAUACCUCUUCCCACCCUCAGCCCUCCUUCUUUUCUAUCCUUCACCAUCGGCUACCCCCCUCCCCACCAUGUAGAAGAUGGCUGGUCCCCUUUCGCUGGAGCGGCCUGGAAGGAAAAUUCAGACGGGUUCACCAUCCAUACAACUGCCCACCACUGCAGCCUCCUGCAGGAUUGCCCCUGAGACCUGGCAGCUGAGCAGAUUGCCAGUAUCCACAGAAAUGAAGCAUCACAGAAUGAAAAGGGCCCGCUGACCAAGGGCUAGUUGGAGCCGGCCUCCAACAUGGCUAAUGGCAGCGAGUCAGAAGAGCUGUCCGGUUCCCUUUCACAGUCAACUGUGAUCUCGACGCAUCUCAAGCUGGUACUUUUGGGAUUUAUUAUUUGUGCCAGUUUAGCAGGCAAUCUUCUUGUUUCUCUGCUGGUGCUCAAAGAUAGAUCCUUGCACAAGGCCCCAUACUACUUUUUGUUAGAUCUCUGCCUUGCUGAUGCUAUACGCUCCUCUGCCUGCUUCCCAUUUGUCCUACUUUCUAUUCGCAAUGGCUCAGCUUGGGCAUACAGCCUGCUAAGUUGUAAAGUUGUGGCCUUCAUGGCUGUCCUCUUCUGCUUUCAUGCCUCCUUCAUGCUCUUCUGUAUAAGUGUCACACGCUACAUGGCUAUUGCACACCAUCGCUUCUACUCUAAGAGAAUGACACUCUGGACGUGCAUUGCAGUUAUCUGCAUGGUCUGGACACUGUCAGUUGCCAUGGCAUUUCCACCGGUCUUUGAUGUAGGAACCUACAAGUUCAUCCGUGAAGAAGACCAGUGUAUUUUCGAGCACCGCUAUUUCAAAGCCAAUGAUACACUUGGAUUUAUGCUAAUGCUAGCUGUGCUCAUAGUUGCAACUCAUAUAGUCUACGCCAAACUGCUCCUCUUUGAGUACCGCCAUCGAAAAAUGAAGCCAGUACAGAUGGUGCCAGCAAUCAGCCAAAAUUGGACAUUCCAUGGGCCAGGAGCUACUGGGCAGGCAGCAGCUAACUGGAUUGCUGGAUUUGGUAGAGGGCCGAUGCCCCCGACUUUGCUGGGAAUACGUCAGAACACCCAUACUGCCAACAGGCGUCUGUUGGGAAUGGAUGAGUUUAAAAGUGAGAAGAGGUUGGGGCGGAUGUUUUAUGGGAUUACCCUCAGCUUCUUGGUGCUUUGGUCACCCUAUAUUGUGGCCUGUUAUUGGAGGGUAUUUGUCAAAACCUGCAGCAUCCCUCAUCGUUACUUAUCCACUGCAGUGUGGAUGACAUUCACUCAGGCUGGGGUCAACCCCAUUAUGUGUUUCCUUCUCAACAAAGACCUGAAGAGCUGUCUACAGCUCCACAUCCCCUGCUGGAGGACGAAAGCAUUGCUACCCAGGGAGCCUUACUGUGUUAUGUAAGAUGAAAGCGCUACACACCCAACCAAACCCAACAUAACCUCAGCAUUUGAAGAACACUACAUGGGCUAGGUGGCAAAGACUGGGGCAGUUUGAUCACUUUCCACUGAUGAAUACAAACAAAAAAACAAGCAUAAAAGACCAUUUUUUUAAAAAAAAACAAAAAAACAUUUCUUUUUCUAGACCAAGAUGUAUUUGUGAUGCUGAUUAAAAGAGGACAGGGGGUUGGUACAAGAAUUUCGAGGGGGGAAUUUUUUCCUUUUACAGGCAAAAAGGGUGAUGGUUUGGGUGGGAAGGGUUGGAGAUGAAGGGAAAGUGAAAUAUGGUCUGUGGGGUGAUUUGGGCAACAGACAGGAAUCUAUGUAUUUGUUUUUUUGAAUUUAUUUAUUGACAAGGUUAUAAUGUCAACAGUUAUAUUAAUGUCUUUUGAUUGAUACCAACGUAAAAGGAGCUUCUUUUUUCCCUUA